AUGGCGUGCUACUACCUGGUGAUCAGCUCCACGCACCUCAGCAACGGCCACUACAGGAGCAUUAAAGGAGUUUUCCGCGGUCCGCUGUGCGCGAGCAGCCGGGGAGAGUCGCCGGACUAUGCUGAAAAGGAGAAAGCCAUAGCGAAGGCUCUAGAGGACCUGAAAGCGAACUUCUACUGCGAGCUCUGUGACAAGCAGUAUCACAAGCACCAGGAGUUCGACAACCACAUCAACUCUUACGACCACGCGCACAAACAGAGGCUGAAGGAGCUGAAACAGAGAGAGUUUGCACGCAACGUCUCGUCUAAGAGCUGGAAGGAUGAGAGGAAGCAGGAGAGAGCAAUCAAACGACUCCAUCAACUCGCCCUGCUCAAGCAGCAGAGGGACAGCGAAAGGGGAAAGAGUUCAAAGUUAAGAGCCCCAGCCAGAGACUCUCGUCAAGAGAAAAUCAGACUGAAUGGCAGUGACAAACCCAGCUCCAGGCAAAUUUCAUCUCAUCAAGGCCAAACUGAGACACCAUCCUCUCCAGACCUAACCUCCAGGGGUUCUUCCUCCGUUCCUGUGUCCACCAAUCAGUGCUCUCUCCAGGUUCAGCGUUCCUCACCAGUCCCUCAGGUCCCAAAAGAACACCGGCGCCCUAAGGCUGGGGUCUCAUUCUGUUUCUCCAGGCGAGCUCAGUUGAAGCUGGACUCCUGUGCAUCAGUGUUCAAUGAUGGGCUGGAUGAGGCUAGUGAACUGAAGGAGCUCCAGCGACAGCGGCAGAGACUGGCCCUACAAGCCCUUUGGUCCCGAUCUCCCUCACCCACACUGGAACCAGAAGCCCUAGACAACAAUCCUUUACAUAGGGGGCACCAGCCAGAUCAGGAUGACAGCCUAGAGAUCAGAGUGAACUACUGUACAACAGAGCCAGAGAGGCAAGGCUGUCCUGACACACAUCAUUCAGAAGCUGAGAAGCAGCCAGCUGGUCCAGAAGACAGAGCAGAUGAUCAGGGCCAGGGACAGAGACAAGAGGAGGCUAAAGAGGAAUGGGUAUUGCUGGAGAGAAGCAGCCCAAGGAGCCCCAGCCCUACUGCUCACACACAGAGGGACAUGACUUCUGACCAUCUCCACGUAUACAAGGUCUCACAUCAAGACUUACAAAAAGGCAUAAAACAGGACACAGUGAAUGUCAAAAACUGUCUGUCAGACACAAAGAUAGCUGAGGAUGGCUUGAGGAGUAAAAAUCUUCCUUUCGUAAACGUUCUCGGUAAAGAUGGGACUACACUAAAAUGGCCUUGUGAGCUCGUGCAGUACACCUCAGACGAACCCCGUGUAUCAUACAGCUGCAACCCACACUGCUUGAAUUUCAAAUGCGCAGAAGGCAAAGAGAAAAGCACAGAGGCAGGGGAGACAGAUGUCUGCGCUGUCUCCGGCCUCCCAGCCCAGCCCGACCAAGCAGAGGAGCAGGCCUGGGAUGUUCUGGAAGAUAAAUUAGGCAUUUUAAAACCAAAGAGACCCAAAAACAGGCGGUGGAUGAGAGCUCGUAGGCGUAAAUUAGAUGCUGUCAGGAGGCACCGGGUGGGCUGUGCGUUCCGCUCCCAGACGCUUGCCAGAGGACACUUUGAAUUCAAAGGCACCUCGGCAGACGCGGCAUGCAGCGAGCGAGGAUGUGGCAAGAAGGGGCGCAAGCUUGGGAAGAGGAGGAGAUCAGUGAGGGAUGAAGUUUCGAAUGAAAGUGACACUCCAGAACUAAGCUUGAAAAGCAUCGUCAUCAACUCCCUUUCCGCCCCAGCAAGGCAAAGACGAAAGCGGCGGAGGUUGCCGUCUGCUCUUCGCUCUGUGAGACGCAGGACUGUUCCACCCACUACUGUUCAGUGCACAGUGGGGGAUGAGGAUAAUUACCAGUGGUGUCGUAACAUCUGCGAGGCUAAACGGGACGCUAGCAUGACCCCCUACAGUGAGAAGUCCAGCUCGUGGGGCAUCCUGUCAGACUUGAGCUCUGAUGGAGAAUGGCCUGCUUGCCAGUGGGGGAGAUGCUCUGCUUCUCCUGGGUCAGCUUCCUCUUAUUCCUGGAGGAGAGGACAUAGCCAACCCUGGUCUUACAUCAGAAAAUCCAGUUACAGUUUCCCUUGCUACGGUUACAGGCAAAAUUCAGACAGCCCAGGUAGAGAUACCGAAUACAGAGAGGACUACUGGGAUUACAGAGACUCAGAAAUCUGCAGGGAGAGGAAUUACUUGGGGGUUUGUGACAGACCCUGUAUUACUGAGCGGAGAUACGGUAUCAGAAAGCAUAAGAGAGCUCUAGAGGAGAACAGACAUAGAUUUAGAAAUAACCGAAAGCCAGCCACAAAGAGAAUAUGCUUCUACAGAGUCUAUGACAGUCCAGAACACCAGGAUACAGAAAGAGAUUGGUGGUGUGAGAGGCCCAGCCCUGACAAUAAGAGGCGUCGAGAGAGAGACAAGUUCUGGUUAAGCCCAGAGAUCAGUCACAGCAGGCGGUAUGAGCGGUCCAGCCCUGGGUCCAGACAUAGCCCAGCUUCCUCUAGUACCACUAGCAUUUCAGAGCUCAGUGGAGAUUGCAGCUCUCACAUUAAGCCAUCCUAUUCUGAAAAUAGCCAAGAUCAUCACAGCAAUUUAACAUGGCCAACAGAUAGAUCUACCAGGACCAAAACUUCCCAUUCUCCACCAAGAGAGAAGAGUUACUCACCAUCACCCAUAUCCAUUGCAAGACCAGAGACAGGGCAAACAGAUACUCGACCAGUUAUUUCCGGUUCCAAUCCAAGUGCAAAGCCAGAACCUGUUACUCCCAACUCCACCGAUUUUACAAAGCAGAGCGCAUCACCUGAUAAAAAACUCACAAGCAACAAAACACGUACUCUUUCACUCCCAUUGAUUGGUAAACUCCCCUCUAUAAAAAGAGGAAUAAAACAAACAGGAAUUCUCAAAGAGAAAAGUAGCAGUCGCAAUAACCAAGUCCAGAUAUCCGUGAACGGUCUAUUAAAACCUGAAAGCCAAGUAUUAUCUGUAAAUGGACAUAGCACAGCUAGCACCACACGGACAGAAAGGCAUAAUUCAUUAAACUUAUUCCAAACUUGUCCACUUAUCACUGAUGAGAGAACAGCAGAACCUUGUGCAACCUCAGAAAACACACACAACUCCUUGUCUCACGAACACCUUAUGAAUACCAUGGAGGAAACAUCAGAGACUUCAGAAAAUCAGCUACCAAGGUGCCCAACUCCUCCCUUAACAGAACAGCCAAUAAUAUUUACAGAGGAGGAGAUUGACAAAUAUAGGCUUCUCCAACUUCAGGCCCAGCAGCACAUGCAGCAGCAGCAUCUCCAAGAGCAGCAGGAUAUGCCAAGACAACAAACCCCUGUGGAUGUGCCUCCAAUGAACCUUAUACCUAUACCUGCUCCAGAACCUUCAAAUCAGUCUAUACCUGCUCCUUGUCUCCCAUAUGCCAUACUCCAGCAUGGAGCACUCUCAGCCUUUUCCUCUGCCAUCUCCUCUCCUUCAUCCUCUUUUGCAUCCCACCAUUCCCCCACUGCACACUCUACUCUCCAUCCCCCUCUGUCACAGCCACACUUCACUCCUUUUCCAUUCCCCGGUGCAUUCUUUCCAGGUCCUCCUGCAGCACUGCUGGCGGGCCGUCCCCUCCGCCUGAUCCCAGCGGCGUCCCUCCACCAGCACCCUCAUCCUCCUGGCCUGGCCCUUCACCCCCUGCCCCACACCCACUUGAUCCCCACUGUACUUGCUCCGACCCCUGCGGCUGCUGCUGCUAUGGCAGCUGCUAGUACGCUGCAAAUCCACCCCCUACUACACCCUCUGUUCCACAGCCAGGACCUUCAGAACCACCCUGGUCCUGCCAGCUAGUCUUGGUGAUGAUAAGAGGAAGGAAGAAGACAAAUGGAUGUAGAGUGAAAUAUUCCUGAAAAUAAGAGA